UGUGACACUCUUCAUUAAAAAAUAAAUAAAUAAAAAAGUAAUAAAAAGAAAAGAAAACCCUAACCAGCACCCAGCAGCAUCAGUCAAAGGUAAAAAAAUGUCUUCUUCAGAUAUGGUUCUUCACAAAACCUCUUCUUCUCUCCCACCUAACUUCCACCACCUCCAUCCCCCACCGAUUUCCGCCGUCCCUCAUCCCGUCACCCCCACCUCCGCCGACGUCACCGUCGCCGUAUCCGCCGGCGCGCGCAAUUCCAGGCCCAAGAUCGCCGUCUCCAGAAAGGCGGUCGGAGGGCCCGCCGCCUCCUCCUCCAGCAGAGAUCGCCACACGAAGGUCAACGGGCGCGGCCGCCGCGUCCGGAUGCCGGCCCUCUGCGCCGCCCGAGUUUUCCAGCUGACGAGGGAGCUGGGCCACCGCUCCGACGGCGAGACCAUAGAGUGGCUCCUCCGCCACGCCGAGCCCUCAAUAAUCGCCGCCACCGGAACCGGCACCGUCCCGGCGGAGGCCGUGUCGACCUCCUCCGGCUCCGUCGUGUCCUCCCGCUCCGCCGACACCGCCACAAUGGCGGCGGCGCACACGGUGUCGUCUGUGUCGGGGAGCGGGGUGCUGACGUUUGUGCCCCCGCCUCCGCCGAGUUGCAGGCUGGACUUGUUCCAGCCGCCGCCGACGGAGUUGGCGUUCCUCCCCAAUGGGUACCGCCACAUGCCAUUUACUACGCUGCUGCUGCAGCCGGCGACGGCGGAAGAAGAGGCGGAGGAGGAGAGGCACCGCGGGGUAGGUGGGGAUCACCAUUAGAUAUAGAUUAAGAUUCUAAGCUAUAUAAUAAGUAAUUAGCAAUUAAUUGUUCAUUAGUACUAAUAAUCAGUUUGUGGUUUUUAGAUGUUCUAAUCUAAAAACAGGGAGAAAAAAGAAAAAAUGUGGGCCCCCCUCUUCUUGUAAUCUCAUUUCGAUAAUUGGGAAUUAUGUACUUAGUUAAAUGAUUAAUGAGAAAGAAUUAAGAA